UUCUUGAUCUUUUUUUUACAGAAUCACUAGGCGUAAACCGCAUAGGUUAACAAAUCCGUAAAGGAAUGGAGCAAGUUUUAGAUUCAGUAUUGUAGUUUCAGUCCUCUUUGUGAAUAGUAGUAAAAAGGAUGCAAUCCUCGAUGCCGCAUUGGUUCGGUCUUUCAGUUGAUCGGAAUAUGGAAGAUUGAGGAAUUUUAGAUUGACUCAAGAUUUCCCAGAAUGACCAUUACCUAUCAGAAAAAUGUGUCCAAUACAAGUUUCAUGGGCUUUGCAAAACUGCUUUUCAUAUGGAAAGGCAGUAUUUACAAGCUUGUGUUUAAAGAACUGCUCAUGUAUGGAUCAGCUUAUACAAUUGUAAGCUUUUUUUACAGAAUUCUCAUGACAGAAUCACAAAAAAGGCAGUUUGAAAAAGUAGCGUUGUACUGUGAUCAAACUUCAGGUCUCCUGCCCAUGUCCUUUGUCCUGGGUUUCUACGUCACAUUUGUUGUCUCAAGAUGGUGGAAUCAGUUUCUUAACCUCCCGUGGCCAGACAGGGUGGCUCACACAGUUUUAAUGUAUGUUUCUGGCAACGAUGACCGAGGUAGGAUGAUAAGGAGAACUCUUGUUAGAUACGUAAAUUUGGCGACUAUCAUACUCUUUCAGACAAUAAGUGGAUCUGCCAAGAAACGAUUUCCCACUAUCUCACACAUUGUUGAAGCAGGACUGAUGUCACAUGAAGAAAAACAACUUUACGACAAAAUCGAACUCAACUUUAAUAAACAUUGGGUGCCAUUGACAUGGUUCAUCAAUUUAAUUCGUGCAGCAGUAAAAGAAGGACGAGUAACAGCUGGGGAGCCCGUCAAGCAGCUUUUAGAUGAAGUGAAUAAUUUGCGUAAUAAAACUGGUCAUUUAUGGGGGCAUGAUUGGGUAACAGUUCCACUAGUUUACACACAAGUCGUAACACUCCUGACUCAUUUGUUUUUUGUAACUUGCCUGGUGGGCCGUCAAUUCCUGGAUCCCGAGCAAGGAUAUCCUGGACAUCAAGUGGAUCUUUAUUUUCCAAUCUAUACAUUUCUGCAGUUUUUCUUCUUCUUGGGAUGGCUGAAAGUAGCAGAACAAUUAAUCAAUCCAUUUGGUGAAGAUGAUGAUGAUUUUGAAACAAACUGGUUUAUCGACCGUAAUAUACAGGUAAGCUACGCUAUUGUUGAUGAUUCAUACAGCUACUUAGCAAAACUGGAGAAAGAUCCUCACUGGGGCUUGAGUGCAAUAGAACUUCCUUACACAGCAGCUUCUCUUAGUCACAAGAUUCCUAAUUACAAAGGAUCAGCAAUGGAUAUAGUGGUGUCUCCAAAAGAACAAAUUGUUGUCCAUUACGACACAGAGAAUCAAAACCAGCAGAUCGCAAAUCCUUAUUAUAGGUUUCAGUAUUUCUUAUCUAGAUAUUGUUGUGGCUGUUGUCAGCCCGGAGCUCCACCGAUGAACAAGCCAUUGGGAGAAAGUUAUGGUCGCUCUGAAUGCGUAUACUCUGAACAAUACGAUAAUACAAAUCAUAGAAAAUCUUCUACCUAUUCAAUUUUCGGUGAUGGUUAUUUCAAUUUACUGAACAGAUCUGGCAAAAGAGACAGCAUCGGUCUACAGAGUAAUCUUGGAGGGAAUGAUGUAGUUAUAACCAAUCUUCCAGGUAAUGGUUUAAAGAAUGUCAGAAGACUAAGCACGGCUAGUGAUCCAGGUAAUUUAGCCACUCAUGCAGAAACAACCUCACUGACAGUACCCAACAACAACUAUGCUCGGCGACAUAGGCCAUCUACAGUAGCUGCCCAUGUCUUAGCCAGUGUGAGUGAAAUGGAUAAAGAAGAUAGCGAUCCAGAGGAUCCACCACCAUCACCCCCUGAAUCAGUGAAGAUAACGAUGGCUUUCUUGGAUGAAGAUUUCAAAGACAUUCUCUCUGAAAAAUAUCAUUAACGGAGAGCUUGUAGAAUUUGUUUUUGCUGUCAUUUUAAAUAUUUUCAUUCCCAUUAUGACUGCAUUUUAUACUGGUAAUAUAACGGCUUGUAAAAGUU